AUGUUUACUAAACUCGCCGUAUCUUUUCUUGCUAUACAAAUGCUAGCAUCGGCAGCGCCAAACCAACAACGGAGAGCCAACGACGUUGACAUUACGAGCCUAGAAAAAAACGUCACAUCGACCAGCGGAGUCGGCAAUGUCGCAGCUGCGGGUAGUCUUACACCAUUUGGCGACAUCGGCGUAGGCUGCGGCAUUAACUGGCAAGCCGGCGUAUCAUACGGAGGCGGGCUUACAGCAGGGUCCAGUGACUUCGGUCUAGGCGGUGGCUUCAACAUAACCCCCGAAGUCCUCACAGUAGGGGCUGGUCUUGGCUUGAACUCGGCGAACGUUUCUGCCAACAUACAAUUCACAGGGGCGAAGAACGGCAGUGUUGAGCUGGUUUUCGAAAGCAGUGCACCAAUUGUAUGCACGCCGGGAUUCAAAGAUGGAAAAUCGACUGUGUCUUGCACCACGGUGUAA